AGCUAAUCAAUUCAGUUGUGUCUGUUUACCAAGAAAACACGAUUUGUAGUUUCUAUAAGCCAAUAAGCAACUGGAAUUAGCAAAUUCCAUGGAGGUUUGAACGUGUCUUCGCUUAUUUACUCACAUAAUUCAUCUAAGAGGAAGCAGAAGUCACCUUUCCCAGAAGUCUGCAAUUUGACUUGUGACUUUUGAUCGGUUUGUCACAUCUUUUCUAUCGCUUGUAUCAAUUUGUCUCUCUAAUAUAAAACCUACAGUCGUUGUGAUUAACAAUUAGUGGCAUUUCGUAAGUUCAAGGGCAUCUUUCGACACUGGUAAUAGCGAUAGUGUUGAUCAACGUCUUAUUAAAAGACGGAAAUGUCUACCACAUAUGCCAAACAGGAACCCUUGUCUUUUCUGCUAUUUGUAAUUUUGUACAUAAUUCUUCAUUGUUCUGGACAAACAGGAGCAACAGGUUGUGAGGACACAUCUAUUGGUAUUGAGGCCAGGGGUAUUAUUCCAGAUAGUAGCUUCACUGCAUCGUCCACAUAURAUUACAGAUACAAGCCAUAUUUUGCGAGAAUCGGUGACACCCGUGGAAAUGGGUGGGGUCAAGAUGACCCACAGAGUAACAACAACCAUUAUCUACAAAUUGAUCUUGGAUUUGAUUACUUUGUGUGCGCCAUUGCUACAAAGGCAGGCAAGAGCGGAGUAUGGGGAGAAUAUGUUAAAACAUACAAGAUAACCAUGUCAAAUGACAAACAAAACUGGACACCUUACAAAGAGGAUGGUAGAGAGAAGUCAGGAGACAUUCCUGACGACAGUAUUUCGUCCUCAUCGUCACAACAAUCAACCAGCAACGCUAGAUUAAAGUCAGCCUCUUCUUGGUGCCCUACGUCACAUGACUCUAGUCCUUUUCUCCAAAUUGAUUUGGGUACAGAUCACGUGAUCUGCGCUGUUGCUACACAGGGAAGCCAAACUGCUGAUCAGUUCGUCAAGUCGUAUCACAUUUGGAUAUCCCCUAAUGGAAGUUCAUUGGCUGUGUACAAGGAAAGCAACGUUACAAGGGUAUAA